GAAUAAAACAAGAAUUGGAGGAGUUGAAAAGAUAGAUAGGGAGGAAAUGAAAAUAUGAAAAUCGGUCUAAAAUUUUCACUUUCCCGCUUUGUACGUUCCCUCCUCCCACUCUGACUUUUAAACUGCACUUCACUUCUGUCUUUUCAUUUCACUCUCUCUUUCUCUUCUUGCGUUUUUCCUAUCAUCUCUCCACCGUCGCCGACAACGAUUCCGAUUCCGAUCCCGAUCCUCCACUUCGCAACCGCAAGUGGAACACAAAGCUCUGCUUGCUGAUUGUGGAAUGUGAACAGACACGAGUACAAGGAGGUUUAUUUAAGUGUGAUAUUGAGGAAAGUUAGGUGAUUGGAUCUUUGACGUCAAUUCAUAAUGGAGUGCAACAAGGAUGAGGCUGUGAGGGCUAAGCAAGUGGCAGAGAGUAGAAUGCAAAGGGGUGAGUAUGUAGAGGCGCUGAAGUUUGCUAUCAAGGCGAAAAAACUGUACCCUGAUGUUGAAAACAUUGCACAGAUCCUUGCAGUUUGUGAGGUUCACAGUGCUGCACUGAACAAGCUCUCUAGGGCUGAAAUGGACUGGUAUGGAAUUCUGCAGACAGAGAAACUCUCCGAUGAAGCCGUCAUAAGAAAACAGUACAGAAAGCUUGCACUGUUACUUCAUCCUGAUAAAAAUAAGUUUGCUGGGGCAGAAGCUGCUUUCAAGUUGAUCGGGGAAGCCAAUGGGGUGUUGAAUGACCAAGCAAAGCGAAUUUUACAUGAUAUGAAAGUUAGAGCCCAUUUACAAGAGAUGAAAGUUAAAGCUCAUUUGAAAACUGCAGUACCUAACACCUCAUCCCAUCACUCAAACGGGAAUAUGUUUGCUGCAAAUCAUGUUCCAAUUCCAACGAAAUAUCAGAAAAAUGGUUCUUCAAAUGUCCCUUGUGAUCCCAAUCUGAGACUUCAGACUUUCUGGACGACUUGCAGUCACUGUAAUUCCAAGUUCCAGUUCUACUUACAUGUUAAGAAUAGAGCCAUAGUCUGUCAAAGUUGUAAGAAAAGCUUUAUAGCGUUUUCUUUAAGUCCACAGACUACCCAAUCAUCUGUACCAUUUCGUGUCUCGAAAGCGGUUCCAAUGCAGGAUACACCAAAACCAGGCUCAACAAGUAAAGAUGGAAAACCCGUUGGCGAUGGAAGUGCAGAUACUUUUGUGCGGUCAAAUACUCCAAGUAUGAAAACCUGUGCUACUGGAGUUGGUAAGGAACCUAAAGAUAAAAAGAGUAAGGAUGGCCAUGUUCCCGUGUCCAAACCAAAGGCGUCACAAGCCUCAAAGAAUGUUGGAAGUAAGAGAGUGAGACAACCAGAACCAGAUUCAAAAGAUAGAUCCAACACUAAAAAUAAUGAAGAAAAUCAAGAUGUCAAUGUUCGAGAAAAUGUUGCUGGUCCUUCAACAUUGAAUGUUAGAAGGUCCUCCAGACAAAAGCAACACGUUUCAUACGUGGAAAAUUAUGAAGAUGAAAAUUGCAACGUUCCUUCCAAAAAGCACCGGCAAAAUGAGUCAUUUAACACAGAGGAUGUUGAGGAAAAGAACAUGUCUGAAGAAAUUUUAAGGAAUACAAGCAAAGAUGAGCGUUCUGAUGUUCAAGGAGACAAGGUAUUGGAGUCAGAUAUCCCUUCUAGUCCAGAGAUAAUUAUUUGUCCCGAAACAGAUUUCAAUGAUUUUGACAAAGAUAAGGCUGAGAAUUGUUUUGCUGUUAAUCAAUUAUGGGCAAUUUAUGAUACCACUGAUGCUAUGCCAAGAUUUUAUGCUUUUGUCAAGAAAGUAGCCUCCCCUUUCAAAUUGCAGAUUACAUGGUUGGAAGCUAACCCAGACGAGGAUGAUGAUGUUGAAUGGUACAAUGCAGAUUUGCCUAUUGCUUGUGGUAAAUUCAAACUUGCUAACUCUCAGAAAACUUCAGACAUUGGUAUGUUCUCUCAUCAGAUUAAGUAUAUAAAAGGAAAAAAGAAAAACUCUUACCUAGUAUUUCCCAACAAGGGAGAAACUUGGGCGAUUUUCAGCAACUGGGAUAUUGAAUGGAAUUCUAAUCCAGAAAAUUUUCUGAAACGCGAAUUUGCUUAUGUUGAAAUCAUAUCAGAUUUUUCUGAAAAUGUUGGCAUUGAAGUAGCUUGCCUAGGCAAAGUGGAAGGCUUUAAAAGUCUCUUUGAGAGAACAGGAAAGAAUGGAGAGAACACAUUUUGUAUUCUACCAAAGGAGCUAUAUAGAUUCUCACAUCAAGUUCCUUCAUAUAAGAUGACAGGUGAUGAAAGGGAAGGUGUUCCAAAAGGAUGUUUUGAACUUGAUCCUGCAGCUCUGCCAGCUAACAUCUUUGAAGCUGCUGAAGUAUAGAUGGCAAAUGAGUACCAGCAAGACAGUGAUGCAUGGAAGUGAAAGAGAUUCCUGAAUCCUUGGAACGGUAAGAAGACCAGUAUUAAAAAGUGGGGGAAAACCUUUUUCCUCAAAUUGUUUUUUAAUUAAAUCCAUUCCUUAAAGAUGGUACUUUUUCUUCCUACAUACCCUGUUUAGUCUAGAACUUGUCCUAGUCUAGUGUAUUUUUGGUACUAAUCUUUUAUUGUAACUCAGUGUUCCUUAAUUGUGUUUAUGUACUUUAAUUUCCUGAUUUGCCGAAGUUUAUUUUCCCUCAA